AUGGAUCAUGAAUAUAAUUUGUCAUAUAUUACUCUUACUGGGCACGUUGAAGUGGAAAAAUACAGAUAUGUUUAUUUUCUGAUCAUGUUAAUAACAUAUAUUCUAAUAAUAUGUUGUAAUUCUACUAUUGUAUGUCUUAUUUUCCUUCACAAAAACCUCCAUGAGCCGAUGUAUAUGUUUAUUGCAGCUCUGUUAUGGAACUCUAUUCUUUUCAGCACUACUAUCUAUCCAAAGCUACUGAUUGACUUUUUAUCUGAAAUACAGGUCAUAACUUAUUCAGCCUGUCUAUUUCAGUUUUUUCUGUUUUAUUCUUUGGGUGCUUCAGAAUUCUUAUUGUUGGCAGCCAUGUCCUAUGACAGGUAUGCGUCUAUAUGUAAACCGUUGCAGUAUACAACUAUAAUGACACAAACAACAGUCACUGUUGUCCUGGUUUUAUCAUGGCUUCUACCUGCGUGUUUGAUUUUAGUGCUAGUGAUACUCAGUGCUGAUAUGAAACUUUGUGAGUUCACGUUAAAAGGAAUUUUUUGCAACAAUUCAGUUUACCAACUUACUUGUGUGAAUUCCAAAGUACGGUCUAUAUUUGGUGCAGUUACUUUUUCAAACAUUGUAGUGUUUCCUAUUCUUUUUAUAAUUUUUACAUACUCUAAAAUAUUUAUAAUAUCUUUUCAAAGUGGUAGUGAAGUCAGGAAAAAAGCUGCACAGACCUGUUUACCCCACUUGCUUGUCUUAGUCAGUUUUACUUGUUUAUGCAUAUUUGAUGUCAGUAUAGCUCGGCUGGAGUCCGAACUUCCAAAACUCGCACGUUUAAUAAUGACGUUACAGGUAGUUUCGUAUCAUCCACUAUUUAAUCCAAUCAUAUAUGGACUAAAAAUGACAGAAAUUUCCAAACACCUCAAGAGGUUGUUCUGUCCAUCUAGAAUGGGUUAA